AUGAUGAUUUUAUCAACCUUCCUAUUGAUGGUCCAUGUUUCACAAGCUGAAAUGCAAACGGGAAGUUGCAAAGACAUCUUACAUGGCUUCCUGUCGGGACAAUUGUCGUCCGCUCUCGGAGAUUAUCAGAUUGAAGCUUUAAAACAGGAGUUCAAAACCUUCACAAAUACAAUACAGCGAUCUAUGAAUGUAUUCAAGGCACAGAUGAAAGCUGAUACUGAGAAAAAAGGCAGAAUGAACAAAAGCGAUGUUUAUACAAGAUGGGGAAAGAAGACAUGUCCUUCGAAUGCUGAGCUGGUUUUCUCUGGAUUUACUGGUGGGUCACAUUAUAGUCAUCAGGGAGCGGCUGUUGAGCCCCUUUGUUUACCAAGAGAUCCUGAAUGGGGUCGGUGCAAAGAUGGAACUGACAAAGAUAAAGCUUAUGUAUAUGGAGCAGAAUACGAAACUGAUCACGAUUUGGGUAACAUGCGCAGACUCCACCAGCAUGACGUACCGUGCGCUGUCUGCCUGAUUUAUAAUAGAUCUGUUCUUAGAUUAUUCCCAGCUAGGAAAACUUGUUACAAAGGUUGGAAAUUGGAAUACGAUGGAUAUCUAAUGGCGGGAUACUAUAAUCAAGCUGCUACCACAACGUACAAGUGUGUGGAUAGGAACCCUGAUACUAUAACUGGAGGUCAUUCUAAUCACAAUGGUUAUAUUUUCUAUUCCGUGGAGGCAAUAUGUGGCUCAUUGAAAUGUCCACCUUACGUAAACGGGCGGGAACUUGUAUGUGUUGUCUGUUCCAAGGCAUAGAGAUAUCCGGUAGUAGAAUGGAAAUACUUCCACAGAAUAAAGAAAGUGGUUUCAGAAUUGUCGUGCGUUUUUUUUCCAAAAAAUGAAUGAUAAGAAUAAUGACAUUUUCAUUUUUGUAGA